GGAAAAGAUGAUGAUUUUCAGAGUUGAAAACUACAAAAAGGGUGGGAUUCUGGUAAGUUUGUGCCUUUACACGUGGAGAGAAGGAGGAGAGAAUCGUGUGGAGUUAGUAUUUCUCCGAUGCAGCACCUCCUCCUCCUAAACUCUUUUUGGAGGUUCUAUAUUCUUGUGCUAUACACAUAUGCAUGAUGUUAAGUUGAUCACACAAAGGGCUGAAGAUCUUCUAAAAUUGAGGGAUUUCAAGACGGAAUUGGUCUCCAAUUUUCAUUUCUCAAAACAAUCAACCUGAGGGAUUGUCUGCUUCUGUCUCUAUGGAUAUUGUGUUUCCUCCUAUAUUUUAAGCUCUUGAUAGUUUUGAGGCAUAAUACCUCCCCAUGAUCCCAUCUCCACCCCCUCGUUCAGACCUUACUAUGUGUGCCUCUGGGUUGUUUGUUUCUUAGGCUGUUUUCAUUGAUCACACAACAGUUAUCUUCUUAAAAUUUGAAGCAGCCCAGAAAAUGUCGAGACCCUUAUGCUAUAUAUAGACAAGUGCCUUCACAAUCUGUACUUCAAGUUUUGAUAGAGAGAGGCUCCCAAUUUAUAUAAACUUGGGUGCUUUAAUAUUCUAUAUACACAACUGUUCUCUCUGUAAGUAAGAGUGAGAGAGAGAGAGAGAGAGAGAGAUGGGGAGUGAAGGUUAUGCUCCACUAUUUGAAACAAGGAGAGCUAAGGGAAGAUUCCUAUACAGGAUGUUUUCAGCAUCCAUGUUUUUGGGGAUAUGCUUGAUUUGGGCUUACAGGGUCAUUCACAUCCCAACGGAAGAUGGCAGAUGGGGUUGGAUUGGAUUGCUUUUGGCUGAGCUCUGGUUUGGCCUUUACUGGCUUCUCACUCAAGCUUCUCGCUGGAACCCCAUCUAUCGAUCCACUUUCAAGGACAGGCUCUCACAAAGGUAUGAAAAAGACCUCCCAGCUGUUGAUAUAUUUGUGUGCACGGCAGACCCUGUGAUAGAGCCACCAAUAAUGGUGAUCAACACUGUUUUAUCAGUCAUGGCAUACGAUUAUCCGCAGGAAAAACUUGGUGUAUACCUAUCUGAUGAUGCUGGUUCAGAGUUAACAUUCUAUGCUCUGUUAGAGGCUUCCCAUUUCUCCAAGCACUGGAUACCUUACUGCAAGAAGUUCAAAAUCGAGCCAAGGUCGCCUGCAGUCUAUUUUUCCUUGACAUCCCACCUACAUGAUGCUGAUCAGGCUAAAGAAUUGGAGCUUAUCCAGAAAUUGUAUGAAGAGAUGAAGGACAGAAUUGAAACUGCUACCAAGCUAGGUCGAAUUCCUGAAGAAGUACUCAUGCAGCAGAAAGGAUUUUCUCAGUGGGAUUCAUUUUCUUCUCGGCAUGACCAUGAUACCAUCCUUCAAAUACUAAUUGAUGGGAGAGACCCAAAUGCCAUGGAUGUUGAAGGGAGCAAAUUGCCAACUCUGGUAUACUUGGCUCGUGAAAAGAGACCCAAACAUCCCCACAACUUCAAGGCUGGAGCUAUGAAUGCAUUGAUAAGGGUGUCAUCAAAAAUUAGCAAUGGAGCCAUCAUUCUCAACGUAGACUGCGAUAUGUACUCGAACAAUUCACAUUCCAUCCGGGAUGCUCUUUGCUUCUUCAUGGAUGAAGAGAAGGGUCAAGAGAUUGCUUUUGUGCAAUAUCCACAGAACUUCGAAAACAUCACUAAGAACGAAUUAUAUAGUAGCUCAUUAAGAGUUAUUAGCGAGGUGGAAUUUCAUGGUUUGGAUGGCUAUGGAGGUCCUAUGUAUAUUGGAACUGGCUGCUUUCAUAGAAGGGAUACUCUAUGUGGGAGGAAGUUCAGCAAGGACUAUAGGAAUGAAUGGAAGAGAGAAAGCAUAAAGACAGAAGAAAGUGCACAUGAGUUACAAGAAAGUCUAAAGAAUCUAGCAAGCUGCAGAUAUGAAGGAGAUACACAAUGGGGAAAUGAGAUGGGGUUGAAGUAUGGGUGCCCAGUUGAAGAUGUGAUAACAGGGCUGUCCAUUCAAUGCCUAGGAUGGAAAUCAGUGUAUCUCAACCCUGCCCAGAAGGCUUUCCUUGGGGUUGCUCCCAAGACACUGGAGCAGACUCUUGUGCAGCACAAGAGAUGGUCUGAAGGUGAUCUACAGAUUCUGCUUUCCAAGUACAGUCCUGCAUGGUAUGGACUAGGAAGAAUUAGCCCAGGCCUUAUACUGGGUUAUUGCACCUACUGCCUCUGGCCUCUCAACUCCUUGGCAACACUGUCCUAUUGUAUAGUCCCUUCCCUUUUUCUUCUCCAUGGCAUUCCCUUGUUUCCACAGGUCUCAAGCCCAUGGUUCCUACCAUUUGCAUACGUGAUAUUGGCCAAGUACAGUGGCAGCUUGGCAGAGUUCCUCUGGUCUGGAGGCACACUCUUGGGGUGGUGGAAUGACCAGAGAAUCUGGCUCUUUAAGAGAACAACCUCUUACCUCUUCGCCUUCAUGGACACCAUUCUGAGGCUACUGGGAUUCUCUGAAACAUCGUUUAUACUGACAGCCAAAGUUGCUGAUGAAGAUGUGUCCCAGCGAUAUGAGGGAGAGAUGAUGGAGUUUGGAGGGUCUUCCCCCAUGUUCACCAUCUUAGCAACACUAGCAAUGUUCAAUCUGUUUUGUAUUGUUGGGGUGGUGAAGAAGGUGGGCUUGGAUAUGGAGGUCUACAAAACAAUGGCUCUGCAGAUUCUUCUAGCUGUGGUUCUGCUUCUCAUCAACUGGCCUCUGUACCAAGGCCUCUUCCUGAGGAAGGAUAAUGGCAAGAUGCCAUGCUCACUCACUGUUAAAUCAGUUCUUCUGGCCUUAGUUGCUUGUGCCUGUUCCACGUUCUUCCACUUUCUUUUAUCAUAAAGUUCAGUAGGUCUCUUUCUGGCUGUAGGAUAUAAUGCAAGAUCAUGGAACAAUGUAUUUCAAGAAAUUUAUUUCAUUUUCUCAUGAAUGUAUACUUGUUUUGUACUUGUCCAUUUAAAUGAAGAUUUUUAUUUAUUUA